GAGGCCGGGCUUAGGCAAGGUCUGGCUGGGAGGGAGAGAGGGAGGCGCUGAGCAAAGCUCCUGUGGGCCGGGCCGUCAGACCUGCAAAAGCCCCGGGAGAGCGGGUGUGAUUCUCCGGGGCCGCGGGCCGCCCCCGCUAUCCCCUCCGGCAGCACCCAGACUGCUGCUAGGAGGAGAGAAAUCUUGCCACAGACUAGAGUGAAACCAUCCCAGUCCAGGAGUAAAACAAACUGGUCACAGUGGGUGAUGGUGCUUUAUGUUGCGGAGAUGGCGAGAGAGCAGAGAGAGCUCUGUGGCUACAAACCAACAUGGUUGGUAGCCCUAUGGGCAUGAGACUGUAGAGCCUCCACCCCCAGCUUGGAGGGACUGAGCACUCACAAAAGGGAAUGUUACGGUGGACAGUGCACUUAGAAGGUGGGCCCCGGAGAGUGAACCACGCUGCUGUGGCUGUCGGACACAAAGUCUACUCUUUUGGUGGCUAUUGUUCUGGUGAAGACUAUGAGACUCUGCGACAGAUUGAUGUUCAUGUGUUUAAUGCAGUCUCUCUACGCUGGACUAAGCUGCCUCCAGUGUGGACCAACAGCAAGGACCAUGUGAGGGAAGUUCCCUACAUGAGAUACGGACAUUCUGCAGUGCUCAUUGAUGAUACUAUCUACAUCUGGGGAGGCCGCAAUGAUACCGAGGGAGCCUGCAAUGUACUGUAUGCCUUUGACGUCAGCACACAUAAAUGGUCCACACCGAAAGUGUCUGGAAUGGUACCAGGAGCUAGGGAUGGGCAUUCCGCUUGUGUCUUGGGAAAGAGCAUGUAUAUUUUUGGUGGAUAUGAGCAACUGGCGGACUGUUUUUCAAAUGACAUUCACAAGCUGGAUACCAGCAACAUGACGUGGAGUCUGAUCGCUACUAAGGGCACACCAGCCCGUUGGAGGGACUUCCAUUCAGCCACAAUAAUCGGGACAAAGAUGUAUGUGUUUGGAGGAAGAGCAGACCGCUUUGGGCCGUUCCACUCCAACAAUGAGAUCUACUGUAAUAGAAUCAAAGUGUUUGACACAGAUACGAACUCUUGGCUGGAUUCCCCUCCCACUCCGCUCCUCCCUGAAGGCAGAAGGAGCCACUCAGCGUUUGGAUAUAAUGGAGAGUUGUACAUAUUUGGUGGCUACAAUGCACGCCUCAACAGACACUUCCAUGAUCUUUGGAAAUUUGAUCCAGUUUCUUUUACCUGGAAGAAGAUCGAUCCCAAAGGGAAAGGGCCAUGUCCUCGUCGCAGGCAGUGCUGCUGUAGAAUAGGAGACAAGAUCAUCCUCUUUGGAGGCACCAGCAGAUCUUCUUGGCCAUGAACUCUGACAUCUCUUCACUCCUAAGGUUUGUCUACAGUGCAGUACACAUUGCCUUCCCCCCCCCCGCCCCCCCCGAUAAGAAAUGCAUUAAUGUUUUCC